GUGGCUGCCUCCUGGCUUUGAAAGAGGUGGAAGAAGUGAUGGUGUCUGAGGAGAGUCAGUCAGCUGACAACUUGGCUGCAACAGUCAUUUCUGAAGAUCCUCACACUGUUUUGGUGGAGUUUUCUUCAGUGGUGGCGGACACUCAGGAAUACAUCAUCGAGACUGCUACUGAAGACAUGGAGACCAGCGAAGCUACUGAAAUAAUAGAGGGAACAAGACAUGAGGUCGACAGCCACAUCAUGAAGGUUGUACAACAAAUAGUCAAUCAAGCAAACUCUGGUCACCAGAUCAUUGUCCAGAACGUCACUGUGGCAGAAAACUCCGAGGUGACCACAGAUGCUGCGGACACCAUCACCAUCGCGACCCCCGAAAGCCUCACGGAGCAGGUGGCCAUGACGCUGGCUUCUGCCAUCGGAGAAGGAGCAGUGCUGGCUACAGAGGGUGGCAUCGAGACAGAAGAAGCAACAGUGACAAUGGUGGCAUCCGAGGACAUUGAGAUAAUGGAACACGCAGGAGAGUUUGUGAUCGCCUCCCAGGAGGGGGAGGUGGAAGUCCAGACUGUGAUUGUGUAAUGAACAGCACGCUGCUGGUGACAGAUGUUAAUGGAAAACUUCCUGUUUCUCUCCAGUUGGGGAAUUUGAUCAGUCCUGAGUUUGCUGUUACA